AUGGAAUACCAGGAGGGAAGCAGAAGCAAGGUGGGCCCUGAGGUGGUCAGGACAGUGCAGAGAGGUGGGGCCCAGGCCUGGGUUGCCAUGGACACCAUGUCCCUGGAGCAUCAGAUUCAGAGUGUGCAACGCCACAUCAGCUUCCUGAAAAAGGAGCAGAUGGCCCUGCUUCGAGACCUGCACCUAGAAAUUCUGAGGCUGCAGAAACGCUGCUCAGAACUGACCCAUGAUCUAGAGAUGAGAGAGGCCCAAUCUCACCAGCAAGAGGAGGCUUCCCGGGAGCUGGAGAGCAAGUGCCGCGCGUUGGAGUCGCAGCUGGAGGCGCGGGCAGCGGCUAACGCCGAGCUGCGGCGGGAGGUGGCGCAGCGCGAGGCGCUGGUGUCGGCGCUGCGCUGCAGCCUGCGCGCCGAGGAGCGCCGCUUCCUGGAGGAGCUGCGACGCCGCAGCCACCGCGCCACCGUGCUGGGCACCGAGCUGCAGAAGCACACCGAGGCGGCCGCCUACCUCUCCAGCCAGCUGCACGCCGCGCGCCAGAGACUGCAGGCCCCGCGCGCAGGCCCUGGCGCCACCGCCGAACCCCGACCCCGCCGGCGCGCACAGCGGGCCCGCCGGCCGCCCGAGGCCACCGCCAAGGGCCCCAGCCGGGACUGGGCCGCCUGGGACCGCGCGGCCUGCGCCCUGGACGACGUCGAUCCCAUGCCCGACCCCGCGCUCUUCCUCUACGCUCGGAGGCCCCCGCGGCCCAACGCCCGCGGCCCGCACCAGCCGCCACCCCAGGAGCCCCCGGACCAAGGCGGCCCGCAGCCCGGGCCCUGCCGGAGCCCGCCCGGGAACGCCAAGUAG